GAAACUGCUAAAAAACAACUGCGUCUGAUGAAACGACCCAGAGGCUGCUUUGAGUUUAGCUUAUAAUGCUUUUGUAAACCAUUGCAACUGCAGAUCAUCUCUCGUCAAAAUGUCGUCGACACAAGGCUCUAAGAAAAAGGACAAACGAAUACUGUCUGGUACCUGCCCAGACCCUAAAUGCCAGGCGAAGCUAUUCUUCCCCGCUUAUGGCUCGAUUAGCAUUGAAUGUACCGAGUGUGGUCAGCGGCACGAACAGAGAAAUCUUUUAAAUGUUGAGGAGGUAACCGACCCAGACGUUGUGCUGCAUAAUUUACUAAGGAAUGCAUUGCUUGGCGUUACGGGGGCCCCGAAAAAGGGGACGGAUUUGGUUAAAGUGAUGGGGCUGUCGAAUUACCACUGCAAGCUGCUGUCACCCGUCCUCACUCGCUACGGGAUGGACAAACAGACAGGGAAAGCGAAACUGCUGAGAGAAAUGAACCAGGGAGAAAUAUUUGAUUGCUCACUCUUAGGGGACAGGGCUUUCCUCAUAGAGCAGGAACACGUAUCAACUGUUGGUUAUGGGAAGGACAGGUCUGGGAGUCUUAUAUACUUACAUGACACUUUGGAGGAGGUGAAGAAAGCUAAUUCCAAUAAGGAAUGCCUCAUUCCCGUGCAUGUGGAUGGUGAUGGGCACUGUCUGGUCCACGCUGUAUCUAGAGCUUUAGUUGGGCGUGAGCUCUUCUGGCACGCUCUCAGAGAAAACCUCAAACUGAAUUUCAAGCAGAACCUUGACCGCUACAAAGCUCUGUUCCAGGACUUUAUUGACACUGCAGAAUGGGAAGAUAUUAUAAAUGAAUGUGACCCGCUCUUCGUCCCACCUGAGGGCGUCCCACUGGGCUUGAGGAAUAUACACAUAUUUGGCUUGGCCAAUGUUCUCCACCGUCCCAUCAUCCUUCUGGACUCUCUGAGUGGUAUGCGCAGUUCAGGAGAUUAUUCUGCCACAUUUCUGCCAGGCUUGGUGCCUGAGGAGCAAUGUAAAGGCAAAGAUGGAAAGUUUAACAAACCCAUCUGCAUUGCAUGGAGCAGCUCUGGAAGGAACCACUACAUUCCUCUGGUGGGCAUUAAAAACAUGUCCCUGCCCAAGCUGCCUGCCAGACUGCUGCCCAAAGCAUGGGGUGUUCCACAAGACCUCAUUAGGAGGUACAUUAAUCUAGAGCCAGAUGGGAGCUGCAUCAUCGGAGGUGACCGCAGCCUUCAGGACAAAUACCUGAUGCGUCUGGUCAACGCCAUGGAGGAGGUCUUUAUGGGAAAACAUGGGAUCCAUCCUUCGCUGGUGGCAGAUGUACAUCAGUAUGUGUACCGACGGACAGGCGUUAUUGGUGUCCAGCCUGAGGAGGUAACGGAGGCAGCGAAAAAAGCUGUUUCAGAGAACCGUCUACACCGCUGCCUGAUAUGUAAUGCAUUGUCAGAGCUCCAUGUUCCAACAGAGUGGUUGGUACCUGGUGGAAAGCUCUACAAUCUGGCCAAAUCCACCCAUGGCCAGCUUAGAGCAGAUAAGAAUUACAGCUUCCCCUUAAAUGGCUUGGUUUGCUCCUACAAUCCUGACAGAGAUGCGCUGGUGCCAGACUACAAACUCAGCACGCUUGCCACCUGCAGCUGGUGCCAUGGAACGUCCGUGCGGCAUAUCCGCGGAAACGGCUCUGUGGUGUACUUGGACGGGGACCGUACCAAUACCCGCUCACAGGGAGGGAAAUGUGGUUGUGGCUUCAAGCACUUUUGGGAAGGAAAGGAAUAUGACAACCUCCCUGAAGCGUUUCCCAUCACACUGGAGUGGGGCGGCCGCAUGGUGCGAGAGACAGUGUACUGGUUCCAGUACGAGACAGAUCCAUCAUUGAACAGCAAUGUGUACGAUGUAGCCAUGAAGCUGGUCACUAAGCACUUCCCGGGUGAGUUUGGCAGCGAGAUUCUGGUGCAGAAAGUGGUGAAUACCAUUCUGCAUCACACAGCUAAGAAAAACCCAGAUGAGUACAACCCAGUGGCGGUGGAUGGAGCUCACGCCCAGAGACUGGGGGAGGUACUAGAAACCCCUGUGGCCCCACAACCCCUCACAGACUCUCACCCGCCCACUAAGAUCAUCUUGACGGGGCAGAAGGCGCGGACGCUGCAUAAAGAGGAGCUGACCAUGAGCCGGGCAGAACGUACCCUGCAGCAAAGCAUCAGUGAACAGGCCUCCAUAUCACAGCGCCGAAGGACCGAACGUAUCAAACAGCAGGAGCAGCAGCGCGGAGCAGACGCCGGCCGCCCUUCCUCCCCGGCCUCCCCCUCCUCCUCUGCCCCAGCAACACCCACUAAAGCUCCACCGUCCAGUAGUGGGGAGAAGAAGAUCCGUGUGACCACGAGCGAUGGGCGUCAGGCCAUGCUCACGUUACAGCCGCACACCACCUACGCUGAGCUCCAGCGCAGUAUUGCCGACGCCUUCUCUCUGCCCGCUGAGCGCCAGUGCAUACGACACGGCUUCCCUCCCCGUGAACUGCCCCCGCCUCCUCGUGGGCAGGAGGACCAGCCUGUGGGCCUGCAGCACGGUGACCGGGUCACUGUGGAGGUUCUGAAAGAGGUGCCGGCUGAACCCCAGCAUAGCGACACUCACAGAGAGGAACCGGCAGCACGACUGCACAGAAGCAGCAGCAGAGAACUACAAGAGAACAUUGACCUGGAGAUGUCCUCUCUCUGUCUCCUAGCAACACUCAUGGGUGAGGAUGUCUGGUCUUAUGCUAAGAAACUGCCUCACCUGUUCCAGCGAGGGGGAGUCUUCUACAAUAUUGUCAAGAAAGACAUGGGUCUCCUGGAUGGGAAACACUGCACUUUGCCUCACCUGGCAGGGAAAACCUUUGUGUUUAAUGCAGCCGAGGAGCGAUUGGAGCUGUGUGUGGAUGUGGCGGGGCACUUCCCCGUCGGGCCAGACGUGGAGGAGCUGGUACAGGAAGCCCUCUCCCACAGCCGCGAGGGAAGCCCCUCCCACGGGCUGCGUCUGGGCAGCGGUGGUGUCGUGCGAAAAAAGGAACAGAAUGUCACCGCCUUCCAGGGCAAAGGUCACUCGCUGGGCAGCUCCGUCCCGCCGGAGCACAAGCCGAUCCGGCGCCAGCACAGCAGCGGCGUGGACCUGAGCGGCAGCGUGCCUAAAGGUCACGACAUGGCCGUGCUGUCGGAGCAGGCGGAGCGGGAGCUGGUGCGGGUGGCGCCGGGCGUGCUGACAUUACGGGAGGGCAGGGCGGGGCUGGAACCUGCAGCCAUAGAGGCCCAACGCCGCCGCCUGCAGGAGAUGGUGUCGUCCAUCCAGGCCUCCAUGGACAAACACUUGCGAGAGCAGAGCACGUCCGCAAGGCAUGAUGGGAAAAAAGAAGAGACUGGCUCAGAGGAGGAGCAUGAAGAGAUGGAGAGCCAGGGGGCGGAGCCUCCCAGCACCUCAGAGCCCAUGGACCAGUCGUGAUGGCGAUGAAGAUGACCUGUAGGCAGUGGAGUUGUGUUUGGCCUCCAUUUCAUGUUUUGUUGUACCCAGCUGCAUGCAUUAAGUUUAGGGGUCAUGCAUUUUCAAGCUUCCCACCUUUUACAACUCACACUGUGGUUUAACAAACCAGUAACCAGUAACCGGCUGAUUUAUGUCACCUGUGUGUGUUGCAUUCUGGAUAUAUUCAUCGUCUUAAAAUGGAAAUGAUUUUGGCAAAUAUGCUGUCACAGUCAGUCAGGGUCAGUCUG